AUUUUUACGUGCAAUGUGUUUUGAUGAGAUUUAGAUAGUUUGUUGAUUAACAAUUCAGUUAUGUAGUAUCUUAUACUUGACUUUUUUUAAAGCAAUUUUACUGUGUAACAUUAUUUUAGUAGUUAUUAUAAACUUCAAAAUGGUCAAUCCAAUUGAAAUACCAUUAAAAGAUUCUGAUGAAGUUAUUGAAAUACAGUUAGAUAAACUACCAGAAUAUGAUGAAGUAUUAGGCAUAUUGAAAUCUGAACAUUCGAAUCUACAUAUUUGGGUUAAUUUAGCAUUGGAGUAUUAUAAAAGAGGUAAUUCAACUGCACUAGUGAGAUUGUUGGAAUCAUCACGUAGUAAUGCUAGCUUAGAGUAUAAAGAUAGUGAUAAAGAUCAAAUGAGAGCUUUAGACAUGUUGGCUGCUUAUUAUGUGCAGACAGCUAACAGAGAAAAAAGUAAAGACAAAAGACGUGAGCUUUUUACUAAAGCUACACAACUUUAUACUACAGCAGAUAAGAUAAUCAUGUAUGAUACGAAUCAUUUGUUGGGUCGAGCAUUUUUUUGCUUAUUGGAAGGCGAUAAGAUUGAACAAGCUGAUGCUCAAUUCAAUUUUGUUUUAAAUCAAUCAUCAAAUAAUAUACCAGCCCAAUUAGGCAAAGCAUGUAUAGCAUUUAAUCGUAAAGAUUAUAGAGGUGCUUUGGCAUAUUAUAAAAAAGCAUUACGAUCUAAUCCAAAGUGUCCAGCAGAUGUUCGAUUAGGUAUGGCUCAUUGUUUUUUGAAGCUUGGGAAUACUGAUAAGGCCCGACUAGCAUUUGAAAGAGCUCUGCAGUUGGAUUCAAAGUGUGUUGGAGCCCUAGUAGGUCUUGCUAUCAUGAAGUUAAAUGGUGAAAAUCCAGGUGAUAUCAAGCUUGGUGUCAAUAUGUUGUCAAAAGCAUAUACAAUAGAUACAACAAAUCCAAUGGUACUAAAUCAUCUGUCCAAUCAUUUCUUUUUCAAGAAGGAUUAUGGAAAAUCAGAAUUGCUUGCAAGACAUGCAUUACAAAAUACAGAAAAUGAAGCAAUGAGAGCAGAAAGUUGCUAUCAAAUGGCACGAGCUUUUCAUGUACAGAACAACUAUGACCAAGCUUUUCAAUACUAUUAUCAAGCGACUCAAUUUGCCCCUGUUACAUUUGUACUUCCACAUUAUGGAUUAGGUCAAAUGUAUAUUUAUGGUGGAGAUAUGGAAAAUGCUGCACAAUGUUUUGAAAAAGUUCUUAAGGCUCAACCUGGUAAUUAUGAAGCUAUGAAAAUUUUAGGUUCAUUAUAUGCAGAUUCAAAAAAUCAGCAAAAACGGGAUAUUGCAAAAAGCCAUUUAAAAAAAGUGACUGAACAUUUUCCGGAUGACAUUGAAGCAUGGGUAGAACUUGCUCAAAUAUUAGAACAGUCUGAUUUACAAGCAUCAUUAGCUGCAUAUGCUAAAGCUAUGAAUCUUAUUCGUAGUGGAGGCACUAAAGAUAUUCCUCCAGAAAUACUAAACAAUGUAGCUGCUUUAAAUUACAGAUUAGGAAAUUUGGAUGAAUCACGUUUAAAACUUGAAGAAUCAUUAAGUUUGUCAAAAAAAAUGGUGGAAGCUGAUCCACAACAUUAUAAUUCUAUUGCUGUGACAACAACUUAUAAUUUAGCUCGUAUUUUUGAAGCACAAUGUCAAUUUCAAAAAGCUGAAACACUAUACAAAGAUAUACUUAAAGAGCAUCCAAAUUACAUUGAUUGUUAUUUGCGUUUGGGAUGUAUGGCUAGAGAUCGUAAUCAAAUAUAUGAAGCUUCUGAUUGGUUUAAAGAAGCUUUACGUAUUGAUAAUGAACAUCCUGAUGCAUGGUCUUUACUUGGAAAUUUGCACUUGGCAAAAAUGGAAUGGGGUCCAGGUCAAAAAAAAUUUGAACGAGUUUUAAAAAAUCCAACCACAUUAAAUGAUUCAUAUUCACUUAUUGCAUUAGGAAAUGUAUGGCUUCAAACCUUACACCAACCCACUAGAAAUAAAGAACAAGAGAAAAGACAUCAAGACUUAGCUUUACAAUUUUUUACCAAAGUAUUAAAAAAUGAUCCUAGAAACAUAUGGGCUGCUAAUGGAAUAGGUUGUGUUAUGGCUCAUAAACAUUGCAUUAAUGAAGCUAGAGAUAUCUUUGCUCAAGUAAGAGAAGCUACAGCAGAUUUUUGUGAUGUCUGGUUGAAUAUUGCUCAUAUUUAUAUUGAACAAAAACAGUAUAUAAGUGCAAUUCAAAUGUAUGAAAAUUGUAUGAAAAAGUUUUUUAAACAUGAUAGUGUUGAAGUACUUCAAUACCUUGGACGAGCUUACUAUAGAGCAGGAAAACUUAAAGAAGCAAAAGUUGUGUUUCUGAAAGCUCGCCGAGUUGCUCCUCAAGAUACUGUAAUUAUUUAUAAUAUUGCUUUUGUUCUUCAAAAAUUAGCUGCACAAAUUCUUAAAGAUGAAAAAUCUAAUUUGAAAGAUGUUCUUCAAGCUGUUCAUGAAUUAGGACUUUCUCAUAAGUAUUUUCAAUACUUGUCUGUGCAUGGUGAUCGUAUGCGAUAUGAUGUAGGACUAGCAGAUAUUGAAGCGAAACAGUGUCAAGAUUUAUUGUCACAAGCACAGUAUCAUGUGGCACGUGCUCGUAAAAUGGAUAAUGAUGAAAAAGAAAUGCGACGUAAACAGGAAGAAGAACGUGAAGCAUUCAAAAUCAAACAACUUGAAGAACAAACUAAAGCACUUAAGAAACAAGAAGAACAAAGAAGAGAAAUGUUACUUAAAAGACAAGAAUAUAGAGAAAAAACAAAAAAUGCUCUUGUUUUUGAUUCAAUACAAGAAAAACCUAAAAGUAAAGGAAAACGUAGAGAUAACUAUGGGUCAGAUUCAGGUGGUAGUAUUGCAUCAGAACCAGAUGGAAAUAAAAGCCCAAAGCUUAUGAAAUCUAAGAAACUAAGAAAAAGUGGAACUUUAGGAGGUGAUAAAGAAAAGAAAAGGAAAGGUGGAUCAAAACGAAGACGUGAUAGUAAUGUCUCAGGUGGAUCUGGAAGUGAUAGACCUAUAUCAAAGAAGGGGCGUUCUUCUACUCAAAGUAAAAAAGGUCCUAUGUUGUCAUCAAAACAAAAACUUAGAGUUGUAUCAAAAGCAACUAUUUCAACUAGCGAGGAUGAUAGUAGUGAUGGUGAAGUUAAAAAAAGAAUUUCUGGACAAAAUUCAAGAAAAAGUAGAAAAUCCCACUCUAGUUCGGAAUCACGUUCAAGAUCAGGUAGUCGAGUCUCUAGAAUGUCGUCUCAAUCACCAUCUAAUUCACGUAAAUCAAGAUCUAAAAGUGCAUCUCGUAGUCAUUCUAGAUCUCGUUCUAGAAGCCGGUCACAAUCGGGUAGCCAAUCACGUUCAGUGAGUCGCUCUUCUUCUAGAAGUCAUUCUCGUAGUCCUUCUAGAUCAGUUAGUAGAUGUAAAUCUCGAUCUGAAAGUGGUUCAAAAUCACGUUCAAACUCACGAUCUCGUAGUAAAUCUAAGUCACGAGCACGAUCAAAGUCUGGUAGUUGUUCAGUUUCUCCAAAUCGCGCAAGAAGUAGAUCAAGAUCAAAUUCUCCUACUAGGAGAUCAGCUAGUAAUUCACAUUCGGAUUCCAGAAGUGCGUCAAGAUCAAGGUCUGCCACACCAACCCUUUGAUCUAUUAAGAAAUUUAAGAGUAUACCUUAAUUUUUGGCUAAAUUUUUAAUUAUGUAUUUUUCAUUUUAGAGAAAUAUCAUAACAAAAUAGUUAUUAUAAAUAAUCAUAAUUAAUAUAUAUAUAUAUAUUAAAAUAUUUAUACCUCACUUA